GAGAGAGAGAGAGAGAGAGAGAGGGAGAGAGAGAGUAUCAGAGGCUUGUUGGCUUAUGUGCUCUUUAAAGCUGAAAAUAAUUCAGUGACUGGCUUCAUGAUUCUUCUCCAAUGAAGGCCACAAGCUCUAUCAGAUUGGUGAUCACAUUACUUUUUUUCUACCUAAGUUUCACUUCAACUGAAGCCUAUGACGCACUUGACCCAAAUGGAAAUAUCACCAUCAAAUGGGAUGUUAUGUCUUGGACCCCAGAUGGCUAUGUUGCGGUUGUUUCGAUCUACAAUCUUCAACAAUUUCGCCACAUUGGAGCACCAGGGUGGACUCUAGGAUGGACAUGGUCUGAAAAGGAGGUCAUAUGGAGCAUGGUUGGAGCUCAAACCACUAAACAAGGAGACUGUUCUAGAUUCAAGGGGAACAUUCCUCAUAGUUGUGAGAAAGGUCCAGAAGUUGUUGAUUUGCUACCUGGUACUCCUUUUAACCAGCAAAUUGCAAAUUGUUGCAAAGGGGGUGUGCUCAGUUCAAUGGUUGACCCUGAAAAUACACUUAGUGCCUUUCAGUUAAGUGUUGGAGCAGCUGGGACUAGCAAAAGAACCGUUCUUUUGCCCAAAAACUUCACACUUAUAGCACCAGGGCCAGGAUAUACUUGCGGACCUGCUAAAGCAGUGACACCCACCAGGUUCAUAACACCAGAUGGAAGAAGAGUUACACAAGCUUUGAUGACAUGGAAUGUUACAUGUACAUAUUCUCAGUUCCUGGCUCAUAAGACACCUACAUGUUGUGUAUCACUUUCAUCUUUCUACAAUCACACAGUCACCCCUUGCCCGACCUGCUCUUGUAACUGUGGAAAGUACUCAACUCAACCUGGAAGAUGUAUAAAGGGGGGUUCAUCGCAUUCGACUCCUAAGGAGAACCAGUCACCUAUGGUUCAGUGUACAAAUCAUAUGUGUCCAGUCCAAGUUCAUUGGCAUCUGAAGCUCGAUUUCAAAGAUUAUUGGUCUGUGAUGAUCACUAUAACCAAUUUCAAUUACCAUGUGAAUUAUACUGAAUGGAACCUGGUUAUUCAGAACCCCAAUUUCAACAAUCUCAUACGGACUUUCAACUCCAAUUACAAGUCCUUCACACCUUAUGGAGGGAUAAAUGACACUGCUGUACUAUGGGGAGUUAAAAAACAUAAUGACAUCCUAUUGCAGGCGGGGCGCAAAGGAUUCAUACAAUCUAAGCUUAUAUUUAAAAAGAACACUGGAAAUUUCACCCCCGAGAAAGGCUGGGCAUUCCCUCGUCGUGUGUAUUUCAAUGGAGAUAUUUGUGUCUUGCCCCGACCUGAUGCGUAUCCAUGGCUUCCCCCAUCAUCUCAUCCAUAACAUGUAUGUAGUGUUUGUUGGGUUCAGCCAUACUAUUCAAUAAAUUUGAGUUUUUUUCCCUUCUGAA